GAGAGUGGACCACAGGAAAAGGGAAGGAGGAGGGUCACCGGGGGAGGUGAUAGGCAGGUGAGAAGAGAUAAGAGGCCGGAGUAGGAAAUAAAAGAGGGGAGGGAGAGGGAAAUAAUAUUUUACCAUAAGGAGAAUUUUAUAUUCAUGCCAUCAGGAUGCUACUCAGACGGAACAUAAGGUGUUGGUCUGGCAUAUCGGAACUGGAAUUGAAAUUGGAUUUAAAAUGAAUUCUACUAAAGUUCAAUUUGUCAUUCAACCAUACAUGUGUAGACCGCCGAACGAAGCAACAUUCCUCCAGACCAAGGUGCACAACACAGUACCUAUGACUCAUAUACAAGAUUGACUUCUUUUGCAUAUUGGGUGUCACGGAAUACUCUGGGGUUACAGAUAAUCUCCAUGUCCCCUUGGAGUCACAGAUCAGAGCUAUUUCCUGGGAUUCUGGACUAUUUGAGACCCAAGGACGUCAGAGAGAUGAACUGUGAGGUUGAACAUUACCCACAGAGAUUGGAGCAGCACCACUGAUGGGCUGAAUGGUUUUUCCCUGUAAUUUUAAUUAAAAUACAGAGCAACGGAAUUGCAUUUUAUUGUAAUGAUCCUUCACUGCUGCAGUCCCUUUGUGUGCCAGCAGGGGUCAGAUCAGACAACACAUCAGACCUUGACAACAGGAAUUCUGCAGAUGCUGGAAAUUCAAGCAACACACAUCAAAGUUGCUGGUGAAUGCAGCAGGCCAGGCAGCAUCUCUAGGAAGAGGUACAGUCGACGUUUCGGGCCGAGACCCUUCGUCAGGACUAACUGAAGGAAGAGCUGGUCCCAUCGAAACAUACAGUGGCCCACUCCCCGACCUUCUCCCUGUAACCUUUGAAGUCGUGUCCAAUCAAGAACCUAUCAAGCUCUGCCUUAAAUACACCCAGUGACGAGGCCUCCACAGCUGCCUGUGAUGCUGCCUGACCUGCCGAGCUCCCCCAGCAUUUUGUGGGUGUCGCUCUGGAUUUCCAGCGUCUGCCGUAUCUCUUGUGUUAAUGGGUUUAGUAUCCGUUAGCAGCUGGUUGUCAUGGAGACAAAAUGCAUCGCUUUUGGAUUUUUAACUGUGGCCGAGGGAUUUCUUUGAAUAAUGUUCAGGAGCAGAAUUGUAUGUUGGAUUCAAGCUGGCAGUGUGGAUGCUUUCAGGAUCCAGAUGUGUGCCGUGUAGAGGGGCCACACGGCAGUGGACAGCAUAGCGCCACGGACAGGAUGGAGACUGACCCGGUCAGCAGUAGCGCCAGCGCCCGCCAGCCCGUGCCGCAAAUCUCGGUGUACAGCGGACUCCCCGACCGACAGACUGUCCAGGUGAUUCAGCAGGCUCUACACCGCCAGCCCAACACUGCCGCCCAGUACCUGCAGCAGAUGUAUGCGGCGCAACAGCAGCACCUGAUGCUGCAGACUGCAGCCCUCCAGCAGCAGCACCUGAGCAGCGCACAGUUGCAGAGCCUGGCAGCUGUGCAGCAGGCUAGUUUAGCUGCAACUAGACAAGGGUCAUCGCCAAAUGGGAGCGUGUCACAACAGCCUGCCUCUUCACAGACCACUAUUAACCUGGCCACGUCUCCGGCCGCAGCUCAGCUGAUCAGCCGGGCGCAGACCGUGAACUCCGGUGCCACAGGAAUCGCCCAGCAGGCCGUUCUCCUGGGGAACUCGAACAGCCCGGCUCUGACGGCCAGUCAGGCACAGAUGUACCUCCGGGCACAGAUGGCACAGCAAAGUAACCUUGUGCAAAUAGCUAGGACCCUAGGUCGUGCUGUUCCUUUGUCCCCCCAGCUCAUCUUCACGCCCACUGCCACCGUCGCUGCGGUCCAACCAGAGGUCACGGUGUCUCCAGGCAACCAGCAGUCAGCCGUCUCACAGGUGCAGAACCUUGCCAUCCGAAACCAGCAGAGUGCAGCCACGGCGGCAGCAGUGCAGCCACAACUGCAGAGCGUCACUCUGAAAGCAAGCGCGCCAGCGACGCCCGCCCCUGCGGCCCCACAGGCUAAGACGCCAGGCUCGGCACCCGCUCCAGGUGGUAAAGGGGGCCAGCCUGACAGCAUGGCCGACAGUGGCAAGAAAGGAGAAUCUGGCAUCUCUGCCUCCGGCUCAGACACCAGGAGUAUCAGUGUGGCCGCCAGCACUACGCCAGUCAGCACGCACCCUCUCAUCACCACAGCCUACACCCAGCUACAGCCGCACCAGCUGAUCCAACAACAGCAAUUCCAGCUUCAGCAACAGCAGCAGAAACACCUGCAGCACCAGUUUGUCAUCCAGCAGCAACCGCCGCAGAUCACGCCGAGGCAGCAACAGCCGCAGCUCAUCCACACCUCCGCCCAGCUCCAGAAUCUGCAGCAGCAGCCGGUGCCCUCCAGCGCAACGCCGCAGCCCCUGUCGCAUGCACAGCACUGCCAGCCGGCCCUGCACCGCAAGCAACAGGGGCUCAGCGCCACGCCGCCGGCGCAGAUCCCUGUCCUGCAGCCCGUGCCUCAGAGCCAGCAGAAUCUGCAGCAUGCCGGGCAGACGGACAGCCAUGCACAGCAUGCACUGGCGCCGCAGACCACUGCAGUGAACCUGCAGGUCCAGCCAUCUGCACACGUGAUUCAGCAGAGCCUGAGGAGUGGGCCCGACAGCAGGAGGGACAAGCCUGAGCCGGUGGCCGAGAAGGGGCCAGUGGAGAAACCCAGUGCACCGACCACCCCGGGGCCCUCGGCCACACCCGACCAGAAGAAGGCCGAGCCCACCAAGCCUGUGACACAAGGGAAAGGCCCAGAGACCGUGAACGCAAAGUCCCCUUCCCCUGCUCCAACCAUGACAUCAGGAAAUGGCAGCACGACCUCGUCUGUGACGGUGAGCGUGCCACAGAACGCCGAGAACAAACCACCUCAGGCCAUUGUCAAGCCCCAGAUUCUCACGCAUGUCAUCGAGGGGUUCGUUAUCCAGGAGGGUGCAGAGCCAUUCCCCGUGGGACGCUCCUCCCUACUAAUCGACAAUCUGGCCAAACAAAAGCAGCAGCCGGCCUCUGUGCCUGCGGCCGAGAAACCUGUACAGCUGGAACAGCCCGACUCAGAGAUGGACGACCUCAGUCAGCAAGACUCAAUGGAAAAGGAGGAAGAUGCCCUUAAGCUGAAGUGCGAGUUCUGUGGCAGGCUUGACUACGCCUACAAGUUCAAAGGCUCCAAGAGGUUCUGCUCCAUGGCCUGCGCCAAGAGGUACAAUGUCGGCUGCAGUAAGCGAGUGGGCCUGUUCAAACCUGACAAGAGCAAGUACCUCCAGAAGAAAGAAAGCGGCAAGCUGGGUAAAAGGGGCCCCCGGAAGAACAGCCUGCCCGGGGGUAACAGCGAACAGCCCAAGAAACAGCUGAAGUCACCAGUGACAGUGGGCCUGAGUCAGGAGGACUCCAGCCGAGGGUCGGAUAACUCCAGCUACGAGGAACCUCUGUCGCCAAUCUCCGCCAGCUCCUCCACAUCGCGGAGACGCCAGGCAGAGCGGGAGCUCGAUGUCCACGAGCUGAGGAUGCGGGACCUGAUGGGGAUUGGGCACCACUUCCUGCCCAGCGACCCCACCAAGUGGAACGUGGAGGACGUGUGUGAAUUCAUCCGCUCGCUGCCAGGUUGCCAGGAGAUUGCUGACGAGUUUCGUGCCCAGGAGAUUGAUGGGCAGGCCCUUCUGCUGCUGAAAGAAGAUCACCUGAUGAGCGCUAUGAACAUUAAGCUAGGACCUGCCCUGAAAAUCUACGCAAGGAUCAGCAUGCUGAAGGAUUCUUAACCAAAACCCUGGAAGCGUUGUGGAACUUUGGUGCUCCAAGUGGCAGCUAAUCUUAAAGCCGAGGAUUCUGGUCACUGUAGAUACUGGUGGUCUUUGCAAAGAGAAUUGAGGUGCGGGUGCUCCAGAGUAGAGCAAGCACGCUAUCAAACUAUUGGCUUCAUGAGAAGCCUGCAGUCUGGGUACAAUGUGUCCCAUUCAAGGAAUUUACAUGGUGCUAUCCCAGUGGUAACAAUAAAGACAGGAACGUUGGCUGAAAGAAUCAUCUCACCAGAUGAUCCAAUACAUCGAGUGUUUCGAAGAUAACUUUUUACCGAACAUUGUACUGUAACUCCACCAGUGAUUAUGUAGCUGAAGAGAACUGCUUUUCUGGAUAUAGAUCUGUCCCAAGGUUGGUUUCUGUUUGGAUCAGCAUGUUUAGAGAUUAGGCUUUCUUUAGAUUGGUUUGAUAAUCAACAGAUCCAUUCUAUGAUCUUAUAAUGUGCCUGGAAUCACAAAUUGUUACUGUAAAACUACUCUUUGUAACUGUUUAAUGCAGGGUGAUGAGGUUUCCGUGUGGACAUGCGGUUUCUAGAGUGCUCACACGGUGCCCAUGACUGAGCCGCAUGUGUUCGCGCUUCCUCACGCGGUGAAGGUCUAACUUCCUGCCGGGAUUUCUGUCUAUUACUCUUUCAGGACCACUUUUCUGAACCAGUCUCCCCUCCCAGACUCCAUUACGCAGCUGAACAGAUCAGACUGCUGUGAUUUCUGAUAUAAACCUUGGUUCUCCAGAGGUUGGGAAGGGGAGGACUGUGGAUUCAAUGACCUGUCCAUAAUAUUCUUCAGAUGCUGUCUAUCUGUCUAACCCCCUGCACCCCCCCCCCCACCCGGUUUGAUUCUGGGCAGAGGGGAUCUGCGGAUAAUGUGAACGGGGAGACAGAUUUCUAUAGAUCCCAAUGUCCGGUGUGCACAGCACCAGUGCAUACCCCUGUAUCAGCAGAUUUAUCACUGAUUUCCCCCACCCAUCUCCACUCCCCUUCACCUCUGAAUCAGAAUCAGGUUUAAUUUCACUGGCAUACGUUGUGAAAUUUGUGGUUUUGCGGCAGCAGUACAUUGUAAUACGUAAUAAUUUUUAAAACUAUAAAUUACAAUAAGAAAUUUAUAUAAAAAAAGAAAAUAACAUUAAAUAAAUGGUGCAAAAAGUAGGGGUGGGGGAGGAAGUAAUGAGGUGGUGUUCAUGGGUUCAAUACCCGUUCAGAUAUCUGAUGGCGGAGGGGAAGAAGCUGUUCCUGAAAUAUUGUGUGUGUCUCCAGGCUCCUGUACCUCCUCCUUGAUGGUGGUAUGGGAAGAGGGCAUGUCCAGGGUGAUGGGGGUCCUUAAUGAUGGAUGCUGCCUUUUUGAGGCAUCGCCUUUUGAAGAUGGCCUUGAUGCUGGUGAGGCUAGUGCCCAUGAUGAAGCUGGCUGACACAGAGCCGUGAGACAGAGCUCAAGGCUGCAGUCCUCCUGUCCUGCUCAGCCAUGAGCAUUGUAGAGUCACAGAGCUCUACAGCACAGAAACAGGCCCUCUUGGCCCAUCUGAUCAGUGCCAAACUAUAAAUCUGCCUUGUCCCGUUGACCUACACCUGAACCAUAGCCCUCCACACCCCUCUAUAGCGACCAGUCGUCCAGCCGUUCCACUGAACUAGACCGGACAUCCCAGGACUUGACUGGGGUAUGAACAUCGAUUUCUCCACCUUCCAGUAAUUUUUUCCCCUCCGAUUUUCCUCUUAUUGAAUUUCUCACUCUAGCCUCUUACCUCUUCUCCUCACCUGCCCAUCACCUCUCCCUGGUGCCCCUCCUUCUCUUUCUCCCAUUGUCCACCCUCCUCUCCUAUCACAUUUCUACUUCUCCAGCCCUUUACCUUUUCCACCCACCUGGCUUCACCUAUCGUCUUCUAGCUACCUUCUUCCCCUGCCCCCACCUUUUCAUUCUGGCAUCUUCCCCCUUCUUUUCCAGUCCUGAUGAAGGGUUUCGGCCCAAAACAUUGACUCUUCAUUAUUCCUCUCCAUAGAUGCUGCCUGACCUUCUGAGUUCCUGCAGCAUUUUGUAUGUGUUACUCUGGAUUUCCAGCAUCUGUUCAGCGUGUUGAGUUUGUUUUGGUGAUACCAUGCAAAGUUUCAAUAUUUAUGCAGAGAUAGUUAAAAUGGUGCCUUUCCUUGCCGGGCAUUUAAUUCUCAGCCGUUCCUUCAUUGCACUGAGUAUUAAAGACUAAUUCUACAGUCCCUGCUCUUGGGUCACCACCCUGGAUAAAUUUCUAAAUCCCAGUCCUUUAUCUUGAUAACACCCAACUGCAAUUUAAAAAGAGAUCCAAUAUCAGUCCAUCCGAAUCCAGAUCUGGUUUAACAUCAGUGGCAUGCAUUGAGAAAUGUGUUGUUUUGCAGCAGCAUUACAUUGCAAUAAGUAUAUAUUAAAAAAUUAAAAUAAAUGGGUAGUGCAAAAAGAGGGGAGAAAUAGUCUUUGCCACCUUUAUAAGACCAUAGACCAUCAGACAUAGGAGCUGAAUGAGGCCGUCUGGGCCAUCGAGUCUGCUCCGCCAUUAAAUCAUUGCUGAUCCUUUUUUAUUCUCCUCCUCAACCCCAGUUCCUGGCCUUCUCCCCAUAAUCUUUGAUGCCAUGUCUAAUCAAGAACAUAUCAACCUCUGAAUCUUUAUAUUCAUAACAAGAUUUUUUUUGGUCCUUAAAGCAACACCAAGUUACCUUAAAUGCCAGAAGGAAAAGUGGAAGUUUAGCCUUCACAUGCCCAGGUAACCAGAUUUUCAGAAAGGCUGUGCAGCUAUUGCCUUGAAGUUAAAAUUUAAUAGACAUGGAUAAUCACAAAAAGUUCAAAGUACAUUUAUUGUCAGAGAAUUUAUACCAUAUACAACCUUGAAAUUCAUCAUCUUCCAGGCAGCCACAAAACAAUAGAAUUCACAAAAAAACACACACAAGAGACUGUCAAACAUCCAAUGUGCAAAAAAAGGAACAAAUCAUACAAACAGUUUUUAAAAAGUAAACGAAUAACAGAGAACAUGAACCGCAGAGUCAUGGAGUCAGUUCGGUGCUGAGGUGAGUGCCGAUGGCUGCAGGCCACAGCCACGGGGCCAGUUCGGUGCUGAGGUGAAUGCCGGUGGCUGCAGGCCACAGCCACGGAGCCAAUUCGGUGCUGAGGUGAGUGCCGAUGGCAGUAGGCCACAGCCACGGGGCCAGUUCGGUGCUGAGGUGAGUACCAGUGGCUGCAGGCCACAGCCACGGGGCCAGUUCGGUGCUGAGGUGAGUGCCGGUGGCAGCAGGCCACAGCCACGGGGCCAGUUCGGUGCUGAGGUGAGUGCCGGUGGCUGCAGGCCACAGCCACGGGGCCAAUUCGGUGCUGAGGUGAGUGCCGGUGGCUGCAGGCCACAGCCACGGGGCCAGUUCGGUGCUGAGGUGAGUGCCGGUGGCAGCAGGCCACAGCCAGGGGCCAGUUCGGUGCUGAGGUGAGUGCCGGUAGCUGCAGGCCACAGCCACGGGGCCAGUUCGGUGCUCAGGUGAGUGCCGGUGGCAGCAGGCCACAGCCACGGGGCCAGUUCGGUGCUGAGGUGAGUGCCGAUGGCUGCAGGCCACAGCCACGGGGCCAGUUCGGUGCUGAGGUGUGUGCCGGUGGCUGCAGGCCACAGCCAGGGGCCAGUUCGGUGCUGAGGUGAGUGCCGGUGGCUGCAGGCCACAGCCACGGGGCCAGUUCGGUGCUGAGGUGAGUGCCGGUGGCUGCAGGCCACAGCCAGGGGCCAGUUCGGUGCUGAGGUGAAUGCCGGUGGCUGCAGGCCACAGCCACGGGGCCAAUUCGGUGCUCAGGUGAGUGCCGAUGGCAGCAGGCCACAGCCACGGGGCCAGUUCGGUGCUGAGGUGAGUGCCGGUGGCUGCAGGCCACAGCCAGGGGCCAGUUCGGUGCUGAGGUGAAUGCUGGUGGCUGCAGGCCACAGCCACGGGGCCAAUUCGGUGCUGAGGUGAGUGCCGAUGGCAGCAGGCCACAGCCACGGGGCCAAUUCGGUGCUGAGGUGAGUGCCGAUGGCAGCAGGCCACAGCUACGGGGCCAGUUCGGUGCUGAGGUGAGUGCUGGUGGCUGCAGGCCACAGCCAGGGGCCAGUUCGGUGCUGAGGUGAGUGCCGGUGGCUGCAGGCCACAGCUACGGGGCCAGUUCGGUGCUGAGGUGAGUGCCGGUGGCUGCAGGCCACAGCCACGGGGCCAGUUCGGUGCUGGUGGCUGCAGACCACAGCUGCAAACUCAGUUCAGCGCUGAGGUGAGUGAAGCCUCACUCGGAGUAGAGUGCUGAACGCUGGUUUGUCCUUCACCCUCGUCUUUGCCACUACAAUACAAUGCUUUCUUCUGCAAAAGGUCUUGGGAGCCCCUCUUAAAGACUGGUAAAUUGUAGUCACGGUGCAUUUAGUAUCUGAUGGCUGGAGAUUCGCCCUGAGCUGGUAACACAUUGUAACCUGCUUGCAAAGUAGAUUGAAAUCACUCAGGCUGAAGUUUGGAAGCGCACUGCCACACAGUUCCUUUCCUAUUGUGUGGCAAAACAACAAAGAAUGUCUGCCUCAAUCCAGUCUGUUGUCGGGUGAUUUCUGUGACCCCUUUCCAUCUGUUCUUUGUAGGGACGCUUAGCAUUUUCAGCGUAACAAAGGGAGAGGCUUUGGGGACAACUGGAGACAGCUGAACACUCACUUUGUUACCUAUUCUUGGUGCUUUCUAAGACUAUUUCUUGUAGGAGGAAGCUGUGAUGUGGCCACACUUCUGUCUGAGUCACACUUGAAUUCUGUUGCUCCUGUGAAUGAUUUUGUAUUGUAAUUUGUUUGUAGUUUUUUAAGCAUUAUUUAAAUAUGAAUUACUGUCUUUCAUUUAUGUAUUUUUAUAAAACUAAAGGAAUUUUUUCUUGUCAAAUUGGGAGAUGUCUUAAAUAAACCCCUAUCCAUACGACUAUAAGCCAUAGGAGCAGAAUUAAGUUAUUCGGCCCCUCAAGCCUGCUCCACCGUUCCAUCUUGGCUGAUUUUUUUUUUAUUUAGAGAUACAGCGCAGACCAGGCCCAACAAACCACCUAACUAACCCCAGCCUAAUCACAGGACAAUUUACAAUCACCAAUUAACCUGCUAACCGUUAUGUGGGAAGAAACUCCUUACAGACAACACCGGAGUUGAACUCCAAACUGGCCGA